AUGGGUUGGAUAGGGAACAAAUUCACAUGGUCUAAUGGGCAUGAGGACCAUACCUUCAGUAAGGAGAGACUUGAUCACGGGGUGGCCAAUCAGAGGUGGAUGGGUAGGUUCUUGGAGAGAAGGGUAGAGGUGCUGGGAAUACAAGUCUCUGACCACAAGGUUUUGUUUCAAUCUGUGGGAGGGAAGGUUGGGGGGUUUCAACAGAGAAGGAAUUUUAAAUAUGAGAUGAGUUGGGGUAUGGAGGAGAAGUGCAGCAAGAUUGUAAGGGAUGAAUGUAGAAAAGAUAAUAUUGAGAGGAAGCCUUUAAAAAAGAUUCAAAAUCUGCUAACAGGAUGUAGAAGGGCUUUAAGCAGAUGGUAUAGGGGUUCAAUAAGAGCUAGAGAGGGGGCCAUAAAAGAAAAAAUUGAGAGGUUAAAUUUACUGGAAGCUGAUGAAAAGCCCGAGAGAAUGGGGGAAAUAAAGAAGCUGAGAGAAGAGUUGGGAUUCUUGCUAGAACAGGAGGAUUUGAGAUGGAAGCAGAGGGCAAAGAAACAAUGGCUAGCUUAUGGAGAUAAGAAUACUCAAUUCUUCCAUGCAUGUGCAAGUUAA